AUGAAGGUGCGAUCAUCGGUGAAGAAGAUGUGUGAGUUUUGUCGGACAGUCAAACGUCAUGGGAGAGUAUAUGUACUAUGCUCAGCCAAUCCCAAGCAGAAGCAACGGCAGGGCAUCUCAACAUUUGCAUAUGAAGGGCAACUGCCUCCUGCCCGACACAAUCGACUGAGCAUUGAGCUGCCUCCACCACCAACGACUGAACAGAGAUCAACUCCAGCAGCGAUUACUAACGAUCCAAAGUCCAGUCAGCGACCAUUGAUUCCAACAGGCAAUCCUGUCGACUUUAGUAAUUCCAGUCCA